UGGCUGCCCCAUUGUCAGAAAACAGUAUGUGUUAAAGUUGGUGAGGUGACGACGUGAAACGUAUAAUCGACGAGCAAAAACGAGUAAAAUUUUGGAAAAAAGUGUACUUUGUGUGUUGAUUUAAAUCGGAAUAUUCUCGAAAAAAGGGAAUUUAAGACAAUUAUUACGAAAAUUUUAUAAAAAAAUUCAUGGAUUUCACAAUUGAAGCCAGAUAAUAUUCACACACAAAAGUUGUAGUGAAGAAAGAAGAAAAAAAAAACUUCCUGAACUCAUUUUCACCAACACACAGUGUAUACACUUUUUUUUUGUUACAUCGCAAUUCGGUUUCGCUUCGAAAGACGGAGCGAUUUAUUAGAAUUUUUGAAGUUUUUUUUUUCGUUGCUCCGGAUCAAUUCGUGUAAAUUGCGAAAAGAACGAGCAGCUUUUUCAAUUCAAUAGAUUACAUUUUAAUACCGAAGAAACGGUUAGUCAGCCAAAAUGAAUCGUGUGGCUGCGAAACUGGAUCCGUACAUUAAGUACAAUGACUUUAUCGUAGGAGGAAAAUAUCGUGUAAUUCGAAAGAUUGGCAGCGGUUCGUUUGGUGAUAUUUUCCUUGGCCUGAGUGUUGUAUGUGGCGAAGAGGUGGCCAUCAAAAUGGAAGAAGUAAAUGCACGCCAUCCGCAAUUAUUGUAUGAGUACAAAUUAUAUCGGAUUAUGGUCGGCGGUGUGGGCAUUCCGCGCAUUCGUUACUAUGGCCAAGAAAAGAAUUUCAAUGUGUUGGUCAUGGAUUUGUUGGGUCCAUCGCUCGAGGAUCUAUUCAAUUUUUGUAGCCGCCAUUUCACAAUCAAAACCGUUCUCAUGUUGGUCGAUCAAAUGAUUGGCCGUUUGGAGUUUUUGCAUUGUAAAUGCUUUAUACAUCGUGAUAUCAAACCCGACAACUUUCUCAUGGGUAUCGGUCGCCAUUGUAAUAAAUUGUUUUUAAUCGAUUUUGGUUUGGCGAAAAAGUAUCGUGAUUUUCGUACCCGCAUGCACAUCGGAUAUUGUGAAGACAAAAAUCUCACCGGAACCGCACGAUAUGCAUCGAUCAAUGCACAUUUGGGCAUCGAACAAUCGCGAAGAGAUGACAUGGAAUCAUUAGGCUAUGUUAUGAUGUAUUUUAAUCGGGGCUCAUUGCCGUGGCAAGGUUUGAAAGCGACCAACAAGAAACAAAAGUAUGAACGAAUAUCCGAAAAGAAAAUGUCCACACCAAUUGAAGUCCUGUGUAAAGGCUUUCCAGCUGAGUUUGCCAUGUAUUUGAACUACUGCCGAACGAUGCGCUUCGAUGAAGCACCUGACUACAUGUACUUGCGACAAUUAUUCAGAAUUCUUUUCCGCACAUUAAAUCAUCAAUACGAUUAUACGUUCGACUGGACGAUGCUUAAACAGAAAUCGAAUCAGGCUGGCGGAAGUUCACAAGCGGCUAUUCAAGGAACACCCGACAAACGUGAUGAGCGCGAGGGACGCAAUGGACGCGACAAAAACGAAACGGCUCAUACGACAUCCGAACUAAAAUAAGUUAUAAUUUAAUGCGUUAAAUUUAAAUGAAACCAAUACUAUUAGUAAUCAUUGAAUAUGAGAAACUACACACGCAAAAAAAAAAAACAAACAAACAAAAAAGAGAAAAAAUCCAUACGAAGAAAAAAAAAUCAACAAAUCUG